CUUGAUUAAAAGCCAGAGAAAGUAUAAAUUGGAAGUCCAAACAGCCAAUGUCACAUGUAAAUCUUUACUUUUCACAGAGAAACGUACUUCAGACAUCUCAUCCAUAAGAUGUCUCUGUGUUUCCUGCUGCUGACGGUUGUCACGUGGGCCAGUGCACUGAGUGCACCGACUGAGGUGCCCAUAAACCACAUGGAGGCCUUCCUGCCCACCAAGCUGUACAACAAGGUCAAGGAGGCGGCUGAGGAGGCUUUGCUGGACGCCGAGUCCAAGAUCAAGUACCUCAGGGACGUCUACUUCAAUGACACGGACUGGAGCGACGAGGGACUCGUGAGGUCAAAGUUCGAUGAAAUGCCCUGUGAAUAUUGUAUCGUCUGCUUCGCCACCCAGAGACCGGUGCCCUGUGAUGAGGCUUGUGGCAAGAGGUGCCCGGAGGAGACGGGAGACGCCGAUCGCAAGAAACGAGCUGAUCUUUUAGGAGGAUUAACCGGAGGACUAUUAGGCGGGGGCGGCCAAGGUGGUCUGUUAGGAGGAUUAACCGGAGGAUUAUUGGGCGGGGGCGGCCAAGGUGGUCUGUUAGGAGGAUUAACCGGGGGAUUAUUGGGCGGGGGCGGCCAAGGUGGUCUGUUAGGAGGGUUAUUAGGAGGACCAGGUGGUCUACUCGGAGGGUUGACAGGCCCUAAAGGUUUGAUCCCCUCCCUGAUCCCGAUCCCAGAGGUCACCCAGCUACUGUGUGGAGCGGACCAGAACAAAGCAGCCCAGCGUACAGCGGCCGGUAGUGGCAGUUUGUUAGGCGGUCUCCCAGUGGUAGGCGGGCUGGCGUCAAACCUUCUCGGAACAGCAACCAACUUGGUCGGCGGCUUACCCUUAGUGGGGAGCCUCGCUGGGGGUUUAUUGGGGAACGCGGGAGGUAGUGCAGGUGGGUUAGGCGGGUUAGGAAGUCUUUUGGGCGGGUUAGGUAGGUAACAACGUUUGAUGAGCGACUAAGUCCCAAUUGUACUCUCUCGUAGUGGGCCCACAACGACAUAUUUAGGUGGCCUAAUUUUGUGAAUCAAUUUACUAAAAGUAAUUUAGUUAAUUAUUAGAAGGACUUGAAAUUAUUUUUUUUUAGAAAGGAAUGGCGAGCGAAAUUUCAGAUUAGUCUGUUGUGCUACGCGCUAUCAACCACAAGUAACAAUAAAAAAUACAUUAACA